CACCAUCAAUCGACACCAUGGCCAAGUCAAAGGCUAAGCAAACGAAAGAAGCCAAGACGGCGAAGCCAUCCAUCACAGCGAUCAAGACAGCGUUCGACCCCACCUUGAGUUCGCUGUUUGCAAGCAGUUUGGGUCCAGUACAGGCACCUCCAAAGCAGCGAUAUGAGCAGAAGCUAGAAAGGCGCGCGAAGGCGCCAGUUGAAGAGUCAAAUGAGGAGGAGGAGGAGGAGGAGGAGGAAGAGAGCGACGACGAGGCAGUUGCUGAAGAGGAGGAUGAGUCCAGCGAUGAAGAGGCAGACAGCGACGAGGAGCCCUCCGAAGAAUCAGACAAUGAGGCAGAACUGGCUAAGCUGCGCGAAGCAGCUCUAGCUGGCGAGCACGACAAGCCCAACAAGAAGCGCAAGCGGGGCGGCCAGGAAGAAGUUGAGGACAAGUUCAUGCGCAAGCUAGCGCGCGAAGAGGAGAAGGAAGAGGAGGAGAGGCAGAAGAAGCGCAAGACAACGGCAGCAGCGGGUGAGAACGAGGAUGAGGACAUGGAGGAUGUAUCAGAAGCGCAAGACGCGGCAGACGCAGCAGAGGAAGAUGGGGAGAAGUUUGAGAUUCCACAGCACGAGUCUCUGGCUAAGACAGACGGCAAGUCCGACGAGGAGCUCGAGAAGGCCGCCCGCACAGUGUUCCUCAGCAACGUAUCGGUCGACUGCAUCAACUCAAAAUCAGCAGAGAAGGCGCUCAAGAAGCACCUGGAGUCCUUCAUCGCAGACCUGGCCGACAACAACCCUCCCCACAAGAUCGAGUCAAUCCGUUUCCGCUCCACAGCGUUCUCUAGCUCUCUGCCCAAACGCGCCGCUUUCGCAAAGAAGGAGACUAUGGAGGCAACCACAAAGUCCACAAACGCCUACGCUGUAUAUACAACCAAGACGGCCGCCCGCGAAGCUGUCAAGCGUCUAAACGGCUCCGUCCUGCUCAACCGCCACCUGCACGUCGACUGGCUUGCGCAUCCAACCAAGGUCGACAACCGACGCUGCGUAUUCGUCGGCAACCUUCCCUUCGUUGACGACGAGAGCAAAGGUACUGAGCCAGAGGAAGGCAAGAAGAAGAAGACCCCCGCAGACAUCGAAGAGGGUCUCUGGCAACAAUUUGGCAAGUGCGGCAAGAUUGAGAAUGUGCGUGUCAUCCGUGAUGCGCAAACUCGCAUUGGCAAAGGCUUCGCCUACGUACAAUUUACAGACGAAAACGGCGUCGAAGCAGCUCUGCAACUCAACGAGAAGAAGUUCCCGCCCAUGCUCCCUCGCAUCCUCCGCGUUACACGAUGCAGAGCAGAGAAGAAGAAGGACAAGCCUCGGGGUCCUGCACCUUCUUCAGAGCGGGCAGGGAAGAAGGGAGCCUACCAGAAGAAGUUCUCUGCGGAGGAGAAGUCUCAGCAGGGUCGUGCAAAGGCCAUGCUGGGCAAGGGUGGUGCGGCGAAGGUCAGGGAGAGCUUCACGUUCGAGGGUCACCGUGCGACUGAGGGGCAGGGUAAGAGCGGGCUUAAGUUCAAGGGAGCGAGUAAGAACAAGAAAGGACCGAACGGGAGGAAGAGUAGGAGUUCGGCGUGGAAAUCCGGCGGGAAGAAGUAGAC